CACAUCACACUCACUGCGACUUACUCCCAAAAGCCCCUCUCUUUGACAAAGUCGGGUUUCUCCCUUUGCUCACCACUCUCCCCUCUACGACAAAGCAAAGAUGAUGCGCCUCUCGCGCGCCGUGCCGCGCCCCACUGCUGCCAAGCUCGCAGCCCGCAACUCGCGCGGCUACGUUGUUGCCUCGCAGACGCACCGCGCCUCCGAGGCCAAGAACAUUAGCACGCACAAGGGCUACCCCGUCAUUGACCACGAGUUCGAUGCCGUCGUCGUCGGUGCCGGUGGUGCUGGUCUCCGUGCUGCCUUCGGUCUCGCCGAGGGUGGUCUCAAGACUGCGUGUAUCUCCAAGCUCUUCCCCACUAGGAGUCACACCGUCGCUGCCCAGGGUGGUAUCAACGCCGCUCUUGGCAACAUGACCGAGGACGACUGGAGGUGGCACAUGUACGACACUGUCAAGGGUUCCGACUGGCUCGGCGACCAGGACGCCAUCCACUACAUGACCCGUGAGGCUCCUCGCACCGUCAUCGAGCUCGAGCACUACGGUCUCCCCUUCUCCCGUACCAAGGAGGGCAAGAUCUACCAGCGUGCCUUCGGUGGUCAGUCGCUCAACUACGGCAAGGGCGGCCAGGCCUACCGCUGCGCCGCCGCUGCUGACCGUACCGGCCACGCCAUGCUUCACUCGCUCUACGGCCAGUCGCUCCGCCACAACACCAACUUCUUCAUCGAGUACUUUGCCCUCGACCUGCUGAUGCAGGACGGCGAGUGUGUCGGUGUUAUUGCCCUCAACAUGGAGGACGGCACCCUCCACCGCUUCCGCUCGCACAAGACUGUUCUUGCUACCGGCGGCUACGGUCGUGCCUACUUCUCGUGCACUUCGGCCCACACCUGCUCGGGUGACGGUAACGCCAUGGUCGUCCGUGCGGGCCUCCCCCUCCAGGACCUCGAGUUCGUCCAGUUCCACCCCACCGGUAUCUACGGCUCGGGAUGUCUCAUCACCGAGGGUGCCCGUGGUGAGGGUGGCUACCUCCUCAACUCGAAGGGUGAGCGCUUCAUGGAGCGUUACGCCCCCACCGCCAAGGACCUUGCCUCGCGUGACGUCGUCUCGCGUUCCAUGACCCUCGAGAUCCGUGAGGGCCGUGGUGUCGGCCCCGAGAAGGACCACAUCUACCUCCAGCUCUCGCACCUUCCCCCCGACAUUCUCCACGAGCGUCUCCCCGGUAUCUCCGAGACCGCCGCCAUCUUCGCCGGUGUCGACGUCACCAAGGAGCCCAUCCCCGUCCUCCCCACCGUCCACUACAACAUGGGUGGUAUCCCCACCAAGUACACUGGUGAGGUCAUCACUGUUGACGAGAACGGCCAGGACAAGGUCGUCCCCGGUCUCUACGCCGCCGGUGAGGCCGCCUGUGUCUCGGUCCACGGUGCCAACCGUCUCGGUGCCAACUCGCUCCUCGACAUUGUCGUCUUCGGCCGUGCCUGCGCCAACCACAUCAAGGAGAACCUUGCUCCCAACACCCCCCACAAGCCUCUUGACGAGUCGCUCGGCCAGGCUUCGAUCGAGAACCUCGAGAAGAUCCGCACCUCGGACGGCCCUCUCCACACCUCGACCAUCCGUCUCAACAUGCAGAAGACCAUGCAGAAGGACGCUGCCGUCUUCCGUACCCAGGAGUCGCUUGACGACGGUGUCCGUGGCAUGACCGAGGUCUACAAGACCUACGACCAGGUCGGCAUCAAGGACCGCUCCCUCAUCUGGAACUCGGACCUCAUCGAGACCCUCGAGCUCCGCAACAUUAUGCAGAACGCCAUCCAGACUGUCGUCUCCGCCGCCGCCCGCAAGGAGUCGCGUGGUGCCCACGCGCGUGAGGACUUCCCGGACAGGAAUGAUACCGAAUGGCAGAAGCACACUUUGAGCUUCCAGCACAACCCCGAGUCGCCCGAGGUCGACCUGAAGUACAGGAAGGUCAUCAUGAACACCCUCGACGAGAACGAGUGUAAGACCGUCCCACCUGCCAAGCGUGUGUAUUAAGCGGACUCGUGGGUUGCAGUUUGUACCAGAGAUGGAAGCCGAUGACAUGAACACCGCCCCCGCCACAUUGUGGCAUUUGAUCCCGC